ACACUAACAAAGAAAAAAAAUAGAGCUCUAAAUACACAAAAGAGAGGACCCAAUUAAGCUAAGAAGAAGAAACAUGGCCUCAUUUUCUACAUUUUCUUGUAAAUGCUUUCAUUUUCCUCCUGGGAAAAGGACCCUGCAAGCAAAGGCAAGCCAUGGCUGUGCAACCUUCUUGUUUGCAGCUCUCAUGUUUUCCUCAGCAGCUCCUCAAUCUGAGACUUUAUCAGAUAUUCCACCUGUUCUUUCAGGGGAAGAUGGGAAGGCAGCAAGGAUACAGAAGCCGAAGUCGAGAAAGGCGGAGACGUGCACUGUGAGAUGCGUAACGACGUGCAUUCGAGGAGGCGCGGGUUCACCAGGAGAAGGGCCCCUUCAAGCCAUAAGGCCCCUUGUGGUUUUCAAGCAGGGCUUCAGGAGUCGGCACUACUGCUUGCUUGAAUGCUCGGAUAUAUGCAACCUCAUCAAAGACGGCGAUUUCUGGCCUUGAAAGUUUAAUUUAUAUCACCAUGUAAUUUGAGGUCAUCAGAUAACUACAUGUAUAUGUUACACAUCUGAGAUGGGCUGAGUUUUGGGCCUGGCAAAUAUUUGCACAUAUUAUUGCUAAAGAAUCUUCUUUCUAAGUGAAAGUGUGCUCUUUCAUGAC